UCUACCGCGCGGUGAUCAAAAAAAAAUAAAUUGUCUAAUUGUCAUUAAUUUUGACGUUUAAAUUUUUAAAAAAACUCAUUGUUUAAAAACAAAUUAUUACAGUGAAUAAAACAAUAAAAUAUAAUAAUGACAAGUUAGUGUAUUGUUACUAUUGUUAUUAUAAAUUAAAAUAACACUUUUUAUUUUUAAUUGGAGUUAAUAUAUACGAGUAAUUAAAUAAAGGUAAUGAAAGUUAAAAACAGAAAUGAUUUUCACUGAUAAGUUUACUGUGAGAUUAAACUUCUUGUUAAAAUCAUCAGUUAAAGAUUCAAAGUAUCAAGAAAUCACGUAAGCACUAGUCAUUUUUUGUUAUAAAAAAUGAAUUUUAAAUAAAUAAUUUUAUACAAUUCAAAAAAAUAACAAUGGAAGAUUACACGCCAGUAGACGAAGAUUUUCCAGGUCGUUUGUUGCACCAGGCAGCUCUCUGGGACAACGCCGAGCUCCUGGAGGAUUUACUGAAGGGUGAGCAUGCCCAGUAUAUCAACAGUCAAGAUUCCUGGGGUCGCGCUCCGCUGCAUGCUGCCGCGAUAACCGAAAACUCAAGAUGUCUAGGAGUAUUAUUAGCAGCAGGUGCUAAUCCGAAUAUUCCUUGUGGUCCUCGUGGUCAGUAUCGGACUCCUCUUCACGUUUGCACCGAGCACGGACAUUCUGUAAAUAUUAAAAAGCUAUUAGAGUACAAUGUUAAUCUUAAUGUUACUGAUAAUAAUGGAUUAAGUCCUCUAGCAAUCGCUGAAAAAAAUAAUGAUGAAAUUUGCAUUAAUUUACUGGUAAAAGCUGCUGAGAAAUAUUUGCUAGCACGUGCUGCCACUCAUUCAUCACUGAGAUCAGCUUGCAUCCAAGGUGAUACCGUAUCAGUUAGAAAUAUUAUUCAAAAUAAUUCAGAGUAUUUUGAAUGCAUUGUUAAUAUGGCGCCAAAUGGUGCUAAUACUUUACUAUUUAUAGCCUCUGAAAUGGGUCACAAAGAUAUCGUAAGACUGCUGUUAGACAAUGGAGCCGAUUGUCGCAGUCACCCUGUCACCAAAUACUGUCCGCUUUACAUCGCUUGCUACAACGGUAAAUUAGAAAUAGUCGAUUUACUACUACGUCAUUUUCCAAAACAAAUUCAGUCAUUGACCGUGGAAAGAUGGCUGCCAAUUCAUGCAGCAGCUAUCAAUUCACAUCAUUCUGUUAUUGAUUUACUGCUGAAAUUUGAAUAUCCCCAGCAUCUUCUCACCCGUUUCAAAGAUCCGUCCAGUGAAUUUGAAUACGAAAUGCCAUUCGACAUAAACACCCAAGACGUUACUGGUCAGAAUGUUUUGUACAUCGUCAGUAUGCUCGGUAAUAUAAAAAUUGUCGAAGCUCUUCUUAAUUAUCGGGUUAAAUCCAGGAAAAUAAAAACUGAUGACAUGAAUAAUAGUCAGCCUGUGUCAAUUUCUAAGCGCAGAAUAUCAAGUGGGAUCCAGCGGCUGAUGUCUAGUCUCAAUUUCCGUAGUAAAAAUAGCGAAAAGAAAGACGAUAAUUUGAUAUCGCCAUUUAAUUUAGAUAUUUAUUGCAAUAAUAAUACUGAGACGGCCCUUCAUGCUGCUGUAAAAGCGGGACAUACUGAGGUCGUCGGAGCACUGCUUCAAGCAGGAGCUAAUCCAAAUUUACCGAUUAAAAUAAAUGAUAACUGUAUUAGCAAUAGUAGCACUGAAAGUAAUGACUCGUGUAAUAAUACAAGUGCGCUGACAAUCGCUUGUCAAAAUCGUGAUAUAAAGAUAACAGAUUUAUUACUUAAAUACGGUGCGGUUGAUAACGAUUGCAAAGCAUUAAAAAUAGCUGCUCAGAAUCGUGAUGAAGUUCUUACUGCUAAAUUAUUGUCGAUAAAAGCCCAUCCAGACCCUGAGUAUAAAAUUAAUAAAAAGGCAAUGACUGAAGGCACACAGACGUCACAUUUCUCAGCGUUAUCUAGUUUUGGUAACGUAACUUAUCCAUCAUUAUUUCCAAACACACCGACGAUGAUUAAUUGGCAUAAUCAGCAGUGUCGACUUUCACAAAUUCGUAGCCAAUGGCUCAUUGACGCGGUCCUUAAUGUCAAUAAAAAAUUAAAUGUUAAAAAUAAUGAUUUGGUACUUUAUGCAAUAACACGAAUAGAUAUUUCGCACAAUUCAAUAACGACGGUGCCAUCAUUAAUUUUUUAUUUACAAAGUUUGAAAUAUUUAAACAUGGCACAAAAUAAGAUAGACAAUUUGACAGCUGAAUCAAACAACCCGCGUGAUAAAUUGUGCCCGGUAUUGGAAGAAAUAUAUUUACAAGACAAUCGAUUGGAGAUGUUGCCUAAUUUUUUGAUGAAUUUACCAGGACUUGAGAUAAUGGACGUGUCUAACAAUAAAUUGCAGUGUCUGCCGGAUAAUCUUUGGCAGGCGCCAAAAUUGAAAGAGUUGAAUGCGUCUUUUAAUCUGCUGCGGGAUUUGCCCAGUCAGGCGUCACAGAAUAUAUCGCGACGAGUGCAGCGAGAUGAUAUAUUGAGCAAUAGUCCGAGUAGCCGUAGCAUCAAUUCACAAAUGGGUUUAUCGCAUGAAGACUCAACGGAAUUUGAAUCUUUUAUCAAAUUAGCAAACGCUCAGAUAAUCGAACUAGAAAGACCUCAUGUUUGGACUGAAUCUGUUCAAGUAACUGAGAAAAUAUCUGACGACACCGAACCGGGAACUCGUUCAGUUCUUACGUCACUUAAUUUGGCGCACAAUUUAUUUAAUAGCAUUCCUGUGGCUCUGCCAUGCCUGGCUGUAAAUUUGGUGCGGCUCAAUAUGGCGUACAAUUCAUUGCGUUCGAUGAGUCAUAUAACUUCUUACCCCGCUAGUUUGAAACAACUUGAUCUGUCAAACAAUCAAAUAUCCUGCUGGCCAAGUUUGCCCCAAGUCGACGACGCCGAUGUUAUGGAACAGGCGACCACCGCUUGCUAUUGUCCGGCAACAAAUAUCCAGUCCCCCAUGGUAUCAAAUAAUCGACAGACGACGACUUCAUUGAGAGACGUAGUUCUGAUGUCUGUCUGCACUCACCGACGACACCUGAGGCUUGAAAAUUUACGAACUUUAGUUCUAGCAAACAAUUUGUUAACGCGGAUCCAACUGACGUCAGUCGAUGACGGCGAGUCGCCGAAUGUAGAAGAAGAAAGUAUUGAUAGAGACACUAAAAUAGCGUACUCUGGUUCAAAACUCUAUUUACUUUUUCCGAAUGUCAGUAUGCUGGAUGUCAGUAGCAAUCAAUUAAAAGAAAUUCCUCAUAAUAUUUAUGAGCUAAACAAUUUGUCGGUGUUAAAUAUCAGUGGGAAUGUUGACAUUACCGAGCUGCCACCGCAAAUGGGUCUUUUGUCACGCCUGUGGAAUUUGAAUACUCAAGGCUGCCGAUUGCAGGAGCCUUUGAAAUCAAUGAUUGAAUCUAAAAAGUACAAAACAAUGGACGUUGUCGGUUACCUCAAGUCAGUAUUAGAGGAUGCUAAACCCUAUGCCAGAAUGAAGCUUAUGAUCGUUGGUAUACAGGGAAUUGGAAAGACGAGUUUACUUGAACAAUUGCGCCAAGAAGGCGAGGUUCCUAAUAAAAAAAAGUCAUCCGAACAUUGGACCAAAAGGAUGGGAAAUAAAAACAUAAAUACUAAAACAGCUAAAGGCACAACUAUUUCGACUGUCGGAGUUGACAUCGGAGACUGGAUUUACGAGAAAAAAGUGCGCGGGCAAUCAUCUCACGGUCCGGUUUACUUCAGGACUUGGGAUUUCGGUGGUCAAAAGGAGUACUAUGCAACCCAUCAGUAUUUUUUAUCAAAACGUAGCCUUUAUAUCGUCGUCUGGCGGAUAAUCGAUGGCCUGAAAGGCAUAAAUGAAAUUUUCCAGUGGCUCGUAAAUAUACAAAGUCGCGCCCCAAACUCCCCAGUUAUUAUCGUUGGCACACAUUACGACGUUUCGAAUGACCAAAGCGAGUCACUGCAACAGUACAUCCGUGAAAAGUUUAUAAAUGUUGUCGAUGCUGAAAAAUGCGGGCUGCCAAAAGUUAUGGAAACCAUUGAAAUAAGUUGUAAAACUCGGCACAAUAUUAAGAUGCUCUGCAAUCUUAUCUAUGAUGUUGUGUUUAGUCUAAGAUCGCCAGGAAGUAAAGAGUUGUUACUUGAACAACGCGUGCCUGCUAGUUAUCUUGCCCUUGAAGAUGUCGUAGUUCAACUGGCGCAUGACAGAAAACUUUCUGGUUGCGAUCCAGUUCUGAAAGCUGAUCAGUAUUACGCAGCUGUAAAUAAUGAACUGCAUAAACUCCAUAGAUCAUUUCGAGAUCCCGCGGAAUUGCAUCAAGCGACGCUUUUUCUUCAUGAAAACGGGAUAAUUUUACAUUACGAUGACGCGACACUUCGUGACUUGUAUUUUCUUGACCCUCAGUGGCUCUGCGAUAUGUUGGCUCAUGUCGUAACGAUCCGCGAAAUAAAUCCAUUUGCCAGGUGCGGAAUAAUGAAAUUAGAUGAUAUCCAACAUGUCUUCAAAUCAUCAACGAUAUCCUCAACAGACACGCAAGGCUACAUUGUAAGUCUGUUAAAUAAAUUCGAAGUCGCUCUCACUUGGGACUAUCGGACUCUACUGAUACCGACUCUGUUACCGACGGAGGAAGACAUUUUGCGCAAUAAUCAGUUUAUUAAAAUUCCUGUUAAAACAAGAAGCUGGCAUAUAAGAUCGAAAAAAAUAACAACGCCGACAAUGCCCUCACCUUCGAUUUCAAUAGAUAAAAAUAAUAAAACAAACUGUUCGCUGACUUCCAGACCACAGCCAGACUGUUCGGUAACACGCUUACUGCUGAUGUCAUACUUUCCAAGUGGUUUUUGGUCUCGACUUAUUACUAGGAUACUCGCGGACGAUGCUAUUGUAGAAAUAGUCAUGUCAUUUAUAACUCCAUUCAAACAAGUUGUUGAUGAAAACAUAUUUUCUGCGCUGACGGACACCCACGCAGAAUGGGUCCUAUGGCAAACAGGUCUUGAGUUGCGUUAUGCAGGUAUCACUUUAUUGAGACUUAAAGAAGUCAAUUAUAAUUUAAAAAAUACACCCUAUGAUUAUCGGCAGUUUAAAUUUAAACUGAAGCAAGACGGAAUUUGGUGUACAGUUGACCUCAAAAAUUCGGCUAUUCUUGAGAUCUGGUUUCCAGUUGACACUUUGGUGAUAAAACAGCCGAUAUUGUCUGGGUCUAUCGACGAUGAACCGAUAGGUUACCAAGCUAUUGUUGUUGAGCCACGACCAGAAAGUAUGCCUCAGAUGUUAGCUUUGAUCGUCGAUCAUAUUGAUAUUUUACUGGAAGACUGGUACCCAACACUGGGAACUCGAUUCGUUCAUACUUCCGAAGGAAAGUUACUUGUUACACGAUUGAUACCUUGCCCACGCUGUCUUCUAAACAAUGGAGAUCACGAAGGAGAGACUAGUGAUCAAGAACAUCCAUCUGAAGACAUUCCCAAGUAUUAUAUGAACAACAGAGAGAGACAGAGUCAGGACAGUUAUAAAUCGGACGGUGACAGUGGCGUUGGUUAUGAUAGUUCGACAUCGAGUAGAAUGCCAUCGCUUGAAGGACAUCCCGAUUUAAUACGACAGUAUCCUAAGCCUGAAGGUAUACUCGCUUACUCAUGGAUGGUUGAAGAGUGUAUACUUUCAGCUUACAGCAACAAAACAAUAGCCUGCCCAAAGCAUUUGGAUAUUCCGCUUUCUCACAUAGCACCCGAUAUUAUCUUUAUGGAUCUCGGCGCUAAGCAUCUCAUUAAGCCAGAAGACAUUAAACGCGGAAGAAUGUUGGGUCGUGGCGCAUUUGGUUUUGUAUUCAAAGGUAAUUGUCGUGCUCCAUGUAGUACUGGUAGAAUAGACGUGGCGAUGAAAAUGCUCCAACCAGUACCGCCAGGCCCGAAUUCAAAACCGUCAGCUGUGUUGGCUUACAAAGCAGCGCAGAGCAAGUGGGAUCGUGAUCCACUUCAGUAUGCCUGCAAGGCCUAUUGUACAGCAAGACAGGAAUUGAAUAUUCUGUUGACUUUAAGGCACGUAAAUAUAGUACCCCUUGUUGGAAUAGUCAUAAGUCCUUUGGCUCUUGUACUAGACCUUGCGCCCGAAGGUGCUUUGGACAAUGUGUUAAAAAAUUACCGACGUUCUGGUGCUAAACUAGAUCCUUACACUCUUCAGUCAAUUAUACUACAAGUUGCCAAAGCAGUCGAGUAUCUUCAUCAGCAGCAUGUUAUUUACAGAGACCUAAAGUCAGAAAACGUACUAGUCUGGCAGAUGCCUCUGCCUUUUGCUGAGUAUCCUGAGCAGCAUAAUGUUCAUGUUAAAGUUGCUGAUUAUGGUAUAUCUCGGUUAACUUUACCGUCCGGUGCCAAGGGAUUCGGUGGUACCGAAGGUUUCAUGGCACCGGAGAUAAUAAAAUAUAACGGUGAGGAAGAAUAUACAGAGAAAGUCGAUUCGUUUUCAUUUGGAAUGUUCAUAUAUGAGCUUGUCACACUAAGGCAGCCAUUUGAGGGACAUGAAGCUGUUAAAGAAUGCAUAUUAGAAGGAGGUAGACCUCCAUUGACAUUUCGUGAGACUCUUUAUCCGUGUUAUUUAUUAGAUCUUAUGGUUAUUUGUUGGGCACAGAAUCCGAAAGAUCGUCCUACAGCUAGUCAGAUAGUAUCAAUAGCAUCUGCGCCGGAAUUUACUCAUCUUAUUGAUGUUACACUACUUACUGAGAGAACUCACGUGACGGCAAUAACUGCAACCUCACGUUUAUUGGAUGACAAUAUAAAUGGUGAUGAGAUAUGGCUGGGACACAACAACGGAGAAGUUGAUAUGCUAUUGGGGACGGAAAAAGGUUGGUUACAACACGUGAGAAUAGAAACACCCGUUAUUCCUUACGCUAUGUGUGGCGUUGAUGGUUACAUCUGGAUAGGAGACAAUGCUGGACAAAUACACGUUUAUCUAGGAAGUAACUUUGGUUGUGUGGGAAGUUAUAAUCUUGAACCGGAUCAUUAUAGUGACUCCAAGGUCGUUGGUUUAAUACAUCUUGAGCAGCUUAAACAAUUUGCUGUAGCAUUGUACAGCGGUAAAAUAUACUUACUUACUAAUAAUUUUACGCAGAUGAAAAAAACUGAAAUUGAAACUAAAAUUGUUGAUAAUAUUAAAACUUAUUCGCUGACUGCUGUUUAUCGUCGAAGACGGAUACUGGAAUUAUGGACUGGGCAAAGUUUUGGUAGAAUAACAAUAUAUGUUUUAAAGGAUGGUAAUUUAGUGGACACGUGUGAAUUGAUUCAUAUGUCAAAUGAAACGGCAAGUAAAAAUUUAUUUGCUACUUAUUUAUUGAGCGCGGAAAAUUCAGUCCUCAGUUACACUUAUCCUGGAUGCAUUGUUUACCAGUGGGAUGUUGAAACACGUCAGAUUAUAAAUAAAUUAGAUAUGUCUAAAUUAGUACCGUGCUCAGAAAGUCUAAAGUCUAUUUCAAUAGAAGAAAAUUUAACUACAGAACGCUGCCAAGUCACGGCACUGGAGGCAUGCAUUAAUCAACUUUAUAUUGGUACUACGUGGGGAUGUAUUGCCGUUGCUGAAUGUAAUUCUUUGAGACCAAUUACGGUUUUCAGGCCGUUUGAGGGUAAAGUGUGCCAAAUAGUUGCAUUAAAAUCAACUGACAAGAAAAAAUUGUCAUUGGCUACUGUCGGACAAGGAUACCGUAGUUUAAUUUCACGUUACACUGACUAUCCAUUGGAUUGUUUAGUUGCUGAAGAUUUAAAACAUAAUAUGUAUACUUUACUUUGGAGAUCGGAACAUUGGUCAGCUGCGUAAUAAAUCAAUUAAUUACUCAUCGAUCUCAACAUUAAAUAUCAAAUAUUAAAUAUGACGAUUAUCUACAAUAGAUAUUGAUAUAUUGAUAAUGAUAACGAAUAUUAAUCACGAUUGAAUUGUUACCAGGAGUGCUUUAAGGUGCAAAAGUUCAAUAUUAUUAUUAUGAUUAUUAUUAUUAAAUAAACAUUUUUAUAUAUUAGGGGACAUUCAUAAAAUACG